AGAUUGCGGGCGACGACGUCAUUGGCACGGAAAUUUUUGCGGAUGAACUAAUUUUCCGCGUUCUGAGGCGCGCGUGUCGCGUUAAAUUGAUUUUACACUGAUAGACCAGGGAACAACAACACUUGAAAUGAAAGGAACGAAGCUACUUUGAUCUGACCUGCUACACUUGAUAUAUAUCCAAUCUCCGAAGCCCACACUAAAAAAAAACCUUUCCAUUUGGGGAAAUAAAUAUCUCAAUUACCUCCAACCACCAUCUAAAAACCAGAAAACAGUUGCUCGCGAUGCCGUCGCAAGCUGACGAACCCGUGCCUGACGAGCCACCAUCCUUAGUCAACCCAUAUGAGGUGCUGGGCGUAGAGGAGAAGGCGACGGCAGAUCAAAUAAAAUCUGCUUACAGGAAGCAAGCUUUAAAACACCAUCCAGACAAAGCAACCCCAGACUCCAAAGAAAACGCUCAUAAAAAAUUCCAAGAAAUUGCCUUCGCCUACGCCAUCCUCUCCGACCCACGCCGCAGACACCGCUACGACACAACAGGAAACACAGCCGAAUCCCUCGACCUCGGAGACGACGACUUCAACUGGGUUGAUUUCUUCCGCGAGCAAUUCUCCGCCGUCAUCUCUGGCGAAGCUAUCGAUAAAAUCAAGCGCGAGUAUCAGGGCUCCGAGGGGGAACGGACGGAUCUGUUAGCCGCCUAUGAGCGGUUCAAGGGCGAUCUGGACAGGGUUUAUGAAGAGAUUAUGCUCAGUAAUGUGCUGGAGGAUGAUGGGCGGUUUCGAGAGAUUAUCGAUGCGGCGAUUGCGGCGGGGGAGGUGAAGGAUUGGCCGAAGUAUUCGCGGGAGACGGAGAAGAAGAGGGCGCAGCGGCUUGCGAAGGCGAGGAGGGAGGCGGAGGAGGCGGAGGAGCUCGUGGAGGAGUUGGGGAUUGGUGAUAAACUAAACAGGAAAAAAGGCCAGGCGAAACAGAAAGGGAAGCAGGAUAGCAUGAGCGAUUUGGCUGCGCUGAUCCACCAGAGGCAGAAGAGCCGCGCGGCUGCGUUCCUGGAUGACAUGGAAGCUAAGUAUGCGCCGUCCUCUGGAUCGAAAGCAGCAGCUGGUAAGGGGAACGGGAGAAAACGGAAAGCUGGGGAGAGGAACGGCAAUGAGCCGCCCGAGGAGGCCUUUCUGGCCACUGCAAAGCGCAAGGCAUCGAAUGAUAAGUCCCGGGAUACGGCGACGGCAACGACGGAGACUAAGGGACGGUCCGCUCGGCGGGGAGCCUAGGGUAGGUCAUAGCCUCACAGGGGGUAUCUCAUUGGAGUGGUGGAUUAUGCAUUGUUUCUGGUUGGUUGUGUUCGUGUGUGCUUUCUUACUGUGAUGCACUCUUUACACCGCCAAUUCGGUUUCCUAUUUAUUUAUUUUUUUUCUUUAAUUCUGUGCUCGUUUGAAGGGUCAGAUUACUAGAUGGAUGUGGAAUUUGCGGUUGAUUUGCUGUCUUUUGACCACAUGGGCUUAAAUACGAGAUAUGAUAGGCGCACUGGGCGGUGGUUCUCUACCCUUCUUUUUUUUUUUUUUUUUUUUUUUUUUUCUCUUAAGAUCUCUGCUGGCUUUGGUUUGUGUACUCUUU